UGAUAAACGAAUUAGUAAGAAAUAAUCGCUAGAUAUAUCAAGUCGGCACAAGUUAUUCAAGUACCAGGCAUGGUGUCUACUAUGUCCGUACCGUUACACACUUCUCUAUUUUUAGUCGUCCGUCUCUUCUAGAUCGGCGGGUAAGCCACUCAAUUCUGCCCGAUUUGCACGGACAUUAGAUAGGAGAAGAAUGCGUGUAAGCCUCUCCGGGAGCCCUUGCAUCUUGCUUACCUACUUUCCCCACUACUGCCAUCAAAGUGUCUGACUUCACUCAUUCAGCUAGUCUAUCGAUCGCAAACAUUCUCUAAACUUGACCAAUCAUUAGUGCUUAACCGUUCUUUAAUGAAAAAUCAGCUAUUGCUUCCUUCAAAAUGUCAACAGCAACACCAAAGCAAUCGGCGAAGGACAUCAUCGCCGCCCUCAAACUGUCCCCGCACCCGGAGAAGGGGCACUUCAUCGAGACGUUCCGCGACGAGCACAGCACGUGCAUCUACUACCUGCUCGAGGGCGAGAGCGGGCUCUCGCACUGGCACCGCGUGAUGACGUCCGUCGAGACCUGGCACUACUACGCCGGCGCCCCGCUGCGGCUAUCGCUAUCCUUCGACGACGGGAAGCCCGUGCGCGACGUCGUCCUCGGCGCCGACAUCCCGAAGGGCGAGCGCCCGCAGAUCGUGGUCAAGAAGGCCGAGUGGCAGCACGCCAUCAGCCUCGGCGACUGGACCCUCGUCGGGUGCACGGUCUCGCCGCCGUUCACCAUGGAGGCGUUCGAGAUGGCCGAGCCGGGCUGGGAGCCUAAUGAUAAGGGCAAGGCUUAGGGGGACCAGGGGAGUGGUCACGAGGGAGUGGAUAUGUGUGUGUGCGAUGAGCUUAUGUCAUGGUGGGAUGUCAACAAAAGCUCAAGAACUUUGCAAUGGCUAGAUAAAUAGGUAAAAGAGGAUUAUUAUCUCCGCUACCCCUUUUAAUAUUCGGCCUAUUCUUGGUCAUGUGACACCCUCCAGCUUCACUACGUACUUGUCGAUUUAAAUCCUACGCGGCGCUCAUUGACAUACUCACGACACAUGAGACCAACGUUUAUAA